AUGUCAGUACAUCCGCUAUUUCAGAGAACUAUGCUGCAUCUUUACCUUCUGCUAGUUCUGCUGCAAACGACAUCGGGGUUCAUCGUAUUGCCGUAUAUUCAGAUCGACUAUGCGCACUAUUUCCGGUUGGCACAAUGCCAAGCCAAAUGCACGGAAAAGUACGGUGUGUUGUCCACUCGAGUUCUCCUUGAUGGAUCAGCUGAAGAGUUCCUGGACACUCGAAACCCAGAUUGUGAAGCGUGCGAAUCUGGAUGCCAUCAGCAUCGCCGGCUACGUGGACGCGGCCAGCAUGGACCUGCCAGUUCUCCACUUCAGAAUGGCCUAAGGUUCUGGGCCGAGAGCAGUGCCGACAGUGCGAAGGCCGGCUCGACUGUUAUGUCCUCAAUACAAAUGCUUUGUCAAAAUCCCAUAGUGGAUGAUGAAUAUGGAGAAACUGUUGAAGCGUUCGUCAGUAUUUCACUUCUUAGGCCAGCUGGCCCUACAAGAUAUGUCGUCCAGUGGAGACAGCGAAACCAAGCCAUUGGUAACAGGGAUGAGACGCAGUGGAUCACGGCUUCGGUUGAACCCGAUACCUUCAUCAAGGUGAAAGGACUGGUUCCUGGUGUGCAGUAUCGCUUCAUGGUGACUGCUGUGGGGCCAACUGGCCGUCUAGGCGAGACCAUCUCUAGCCCUUGGACGGAGAUUGCAAGUACUACGUUAAAAGCACCAGCCGGACCGCUCACAUUGAAAAAUGGCUACAACUCCGAUCGCGGUGUUAUAGCCCAGCUCGAAUGGCCCCGAAGCGCACAGGACUCAUGCUACUACAAGCUUCAGCUCAGCAAUAGUUCAACUCAAAUCAGUCGUGACAUUGUAUUGGAUUCCUCUCCCUCAAUCCUUCUACCUCAUCUCGAAUUCGACGUUGACUACACUAUCGCAAUAGCUGCCGUCUCUGCUGACAAACUCCAAACAAGCAAAGCGGUCACCACCAACUUCAAAUCGCUGCCAUGCAGAGACAUCCACGGUCGCGGAAGCCUUCAGUGCGCUCCUGAGCCAGUGUCCGAUUUGGCCAUCGUCGUCCGACCGAAUGGAACAGGUCUCAUCAGCUGGACACCCUCAGCUGAUUCACAAAACAUUCUCUUCUACCAGAUCAUCUACCAUGCGCUUUCGCGAAACAAUGGUUGCAGACUCAGGAAGGAAACCGUGAAUAUAAAAGCGGUAGAACGUGAAUUUCGCAGAAGUGACUUUUCCCGGUCAACAGUGCGAAUACGUGGUUCGAGUGAUCAACUACGACCUGAUCGGACGAGACGCAUCCUACAGAAGCCCGUGUUCUCAUCGAACCCUCGCUUCCCGUUCAUAACUUCGAAUUCGCUCUUCGUCCCGAAUAUCUUCACCAUAGCCGCAUGCCUCGUAGUUUCUGCCGUUCGGUCUUCUUCUUCUGUUUUGUCGUCGACGUCAGUGUCUCCAUCAAGUGUCAGAAAAACAACAGAAACUCACCGAAUACGUCUGAAUCAAGAAGACGUUAUCGGUCUUGCAUAG